AUGAGUGGCCGGCCUUCGAUUGCAGACCUUGUGAUUCACUUCGGAGGGCUUCGCAUUUCGGUUUCUUCGAACGAGGCUCCUGCACCAGCGGCUUCUAGUGCUGCCCCUUCUUCUCCGACUGGAUCUUUUGUGCUAGUGGAAGCUCCGGCCGACAGCCCCCAAGCUCUAACUGGACCACUCGCAGGGGAGGCGACCGAGCCUUCCAGGGAUCCCACGGGCACUUCUGCCUCUGAGGAUUUCUUAGCAGCGACCACCGUGGAGGAGUUAGGAGCUCUUCGGCUUGGGCCUCUCGAUCAUCUGGCCCGUGGUUUGAAGGCGGUCGGGGAUUGGACAGCCGAGGCUCGGAUCGCACGUGCCUACAGGGCGGGCCUUUCUGCAGGGGCUCUCUAUCGUGAAGAGAGAGAGUGGUUGCAUUCGAGUCCUGCCUUGGGGGCCCGCAACCGGUACUACAUCGUGCUUCAGUGCGUUGCUGUGCCGGCUGGGUUUGUGACGCAGAGCUUCGCUACUUUUCAGGCCCACGUUCAGCGAGACCGCCACGGGCAGGAGGAUGUGAUUCAGCUGCUCACCAAUCCCCCGGAUGGGCGGCCUUUGCCUUUGAUCUAUCUCUUGGACGACGAGGUGAAUGCCACGAUGCGAGUUACAGCCUUUUUGCUCAAGUACCGGGCCGGCGGCUUCAUGGUCGUGGUUCCCGACACUCCGGCUGUGCGAGCUUUGGUGGGUGGUUUGGCCGAGGAGGGCGUGGAGAACCCUUUUGGUUUUUCCGAGGCGGACAUCGCAUGCGAGACCCCGCGUCGGCGAGCAGUUGGAGCAGUGAGUGUCCUACUCGUCGACGUCCCAUGGGCCGGGCUAGAUCUUUUCAGGCGGGGGGCCUCACUGCGCUCCAGUCCUUUGAGCUUGGUUUCGAUCACCUUGCAGGGCACUGUGGUCAGACCGGUUGUUGCUGCAGCCCUUGCUGCCGCCGACAACUGGAUCAACCGUGCUAUCGCCGAACCCGAGCUUCAGGAGUCCAUGGGGGAGUACGCCACCGCCGCCGAGGAGCAGGACAACCCGGACGAGGAGGCCGAUGCCGAGGACGAAGCCGGGGCUUUGCCAGAGCCCGACCAGGAGUUAGCUCGUUUGCGUGCUCAGGUUGCUGCUUUGGAGAGGGCCGCUCAGGCUGCCCCACCCGCGACCGGGGUUGGCCGAACUUCGGCGCCUCAUGGGCGGCGUGGCGCUCGCGACUUGUUCCCCGAGGCCGCUUCCGUGGGGCUAUCGGGCAGGGACUUGGAGAGACUUCGGGAGGCAGCCGGGGCACCGCCCCCCAGGAUCGCUCAGCACGAGAGGGCCCCGCAGCGGGAAACGGCGGUGCAGCAGGCCGACGACCUGCUCGCCGAGCUAGACCUGGAGGCUACCCAGGACGAGCCCGGGGCCGGAACUUCGGAUCCCAUUCUGCAUCGGCUGCUGCUCAUCCAGACUCGUAUGCUCAACCAGCUGACCGCGAGUCGACCGCAGGGUGCUUUGGAGUCUGCUCUGGCUUCAGGAGGAGCCAAAGACGACGGCAACUUGAACGCUCGUGGAAGUGCAGCUCGGGAUGCUUACGUUCGCCUGCUCAAGGACAGUGUGCAGGUGUCUUCGCAGAUCCGUCGCUUGGUUGCCGAGGACCUGGGCGAGUCCGUGGAGGACCCGCCUUCAAGCUUGAUGCGCAGGUACAUCGAGCGUCGGUGCCCGGUGGGGGAGCACAGGACUUUGGCCCUAAUCGGGUCUUUCGCCGGACAUGCUUGGCAGCGAGCUCGGGAGACCGACAACGUCGAGAUGGAGGCCUGGUUUGCAAGGCUAGUGCUGUUCGUCGACCAGGCGGGGACCGAGAAUGGCAGGACUCAGCUGGCUUGGUUGCUGGCGGGCUUGCCAGAGCCGAGCUGGUCUACGAUGAUGCGGCGGAAGAGCGGCCUGAAGCCCUUCGCGAAGAGCUGCCCCUCCCUUUGGGCAUCGGCCAAUCUGGCUUAUCUUCGGGAGAUGGAUUGGCUGUCAAGCAAGAUGGCGAGCAGCAGCAGCGGCGACCCUUCCAAGGACUCGGGCAAGGACGACGCGGCGGCGGAGGCAUCGCGUUGGUGUGCUGAUGCGCAUCACAUCCGCGAUCGCGCGGAAAGACCAGCUUUGGCUAUCCUGCAGAGCGUGUUCGUCGACGCUCGCCGUACUCCGCGAGACACAAUUUACCAGCUCGAGCGCGACUCGGUGAACGAGCUCUUCAGUUUGUGUGCUCUGGCUCCUUUGCUGCAGACGGAUUGGCGCGUCGGCUACGCAGACUUCCUUUUCAGCAUGGACGCCUCACCCGAUGGUGCUGGCUUGUGUGCUGCAGCUCUGCCUCAGGAAACCGUGAAAGAGCUCUGGAGAUACUCGGAGCAAAAGGGUUUUUACACCAAGCUGCUUGAACCUGCCAGUGCCAUUUUGGCCGCUGCCGGGCUCGAUGAUGAUCCUGGAACCGCUUUCGUUGAGGACAUCGAUGACACGCACGUUUCUGGCUUAAGUUUCGGUUCGGAGCCGCUGCCCUUGAGGCGGCCUGUGUCCACCCCGGCAGGUUUCUUGCACUUGUUCGCUUCAGGUCCUUCCUGGUCCUGCGCGCACUCCCUUGCUGGGCUUUCUCCGGUUUCCCUGGCUCCUGCAGGCCUGUCUGGGGAGCUUCGUUUCGAGUCUUUGGCUUUGGACUCCGUCUUCCACGGUCUUUGUGGUCUUGUCUCAAGCGGCGCGCUCUUUGACCUGCACGUCUCCGCUCCGGCUUUGUCGUUCCUACCUCGGGGCCGCAGCAGGGCCCGUUCUGAGGCUGACCCUUCCGCUUCCUCUGCUUCGGGGCGCGAGCUCGGUCUGCACAACCGCUUGGCUCGCCGGCUUUGUUUUCUUCUUUGCAUAGCGGCCUCUAGUGGUGUUUUCUUCAGUGUCACUCAGCCCGCGUGCAGUUUGAUGUUCCGGCUUCACUGCUUCCGUGGCUUGGUUGCUCUCGGCGCCGUCUUGUCUUACGCCUGCUCCUGUGACUUUGGAGCUCCUUUCAAGCGGGCCCUUGUCGUUCUGCACAACAAGCCUUGGCUUCUCGAGCUUGGUGAGUGGGGUGGUGGCUGUCGCUGUCCUGCUGGUGCUGUUCACUUUCGUGUGGCGGGCUCUUUCUCCGCUGCGUCUGCACGCCAGUUUGAAGCCUCCUGCUCGCCUUCCUCAGCUGCCGUUUUCGGGCGUUCUCCUCGCGUCGGCGAGCUGGUCGUUCCGCCCUUGCCGCUACCACUGGCAUGGUUGCUCCUAUGUUUUAGGCCCCGCGCCUUUCACGACAAUCCCGAAUGGAUCGGUGAGCUUGCAGAUUGCUUGGAGUUUGUCGAGCUGCUUCGGUACAAGUUUGCCGCGCCCGGGCAUAUCAAUGUUCUUGAAUGCCGGGCUUACAAGACUUGGAUCAAGUGGUGUGCCAAGAGGCGCUCCUCCCUCACCGCCCUCCAAAGCUUGGCCUGCUUGGCUUGCUCCUUCUUCUGCUUGCUGGUGAUGUCGAACGGCACCCUGGCCCUCGGCAUACCGGUGGCCCGCGUGGAAGCCUUGGAUGCUUUCGUCUUCUGGUUGGAGUCUGUCCACGGCUUGUCUUUGGCCGCUGUCACCGGUUCGGCGUCCUCUGCGGCGCUAGCUUUGCGCGCCUUCGGCCUCCACCUCUACUCGGGUGGCUACCCUCGCUACCUUCUCGUUUACGCGAUCACGUCGAUCCAAGACCGUUUCCCUGAAUAUCGGUCCCAUCUGUCUCCGGCCUGGCAGAUUGACCGUAAGUGGCAGCUUGCUGAACCUGGAGAGUGCCGUCCCGUUAUCUCCCAGCCCAUUCUUCAGGCGUCUGUUGCGCUUGCAAUCUGCUGGGGGUGGUACGAUUGGGCUGCCCUCACCUGCGUGGGCUUCUUGUGUAUGCUCCACCCGUCAGAGAUGAUCCCUCUCCUCCGGCAGGACUUGGUCUUCCCUGCUGACGCUCUGUCUCCGGACCCGGUUGCUUAUGUUCACAUUCGCAACCCCAAGACUCAGCGCUUUGCGCGCCGUCAACACGCUGGGCUUGAAGACCCUUCCGUCCUCGCGCUUCUUCACGCGCUUUACUUCGACUUUCCUCUGUCCGCACGCCUUUUCCGUGGUUCCAUGCAUGUCUACCGCCGGCAGUGGAACUGUACACUCACUCGG